CCCAGCAGCGGCGGCGGCAGCGGUGGGGAGAACCGAGGCCCAACUUUUCCCCAUCCGCCGCCGUCGCCGUCGCGCUCAAGGUAUCCCCUCCAGGAGCCGAGGGGAGCCGCACUAGUGGCGGGAGCUGCAGGAUUAGGAGGACCUUUGCCGCCACCGCCUUCUGGCCAGGCCCCUUCUGCCGCUGCGGGGCCUUCGCCCGAAUUGCCGCGGCGGCGAUCCGCAGCAGUAGGCCCUGUCCACGGUGCCAUCCCUCCAGCGCCAGAGGAAGGAGCAGCGUCGCUUGCCAGCAGCCGCCUUCUGACGAGUCGCCGCCGUCGCCCUCCUCGUCGGUGGCGGGGAGAGGUGGGGGAACAGCCUCCGCCGCCGAGGCUUAGAGCCAUCUGCGCCCUACAGCCGCCGCCGUGUCUGUCCGCGCUGUUCCUGAGCGGCUCCCGGCUCCCAGACAUGACCGCCAUCAUCAAAGAGAUCGUCAGCAGGAACAAAAGGCGAUACCAGGAGGAUGGCUUUGAUUUAGACCUGACCUAUAUUUAUCCAAAUAUAAUUGCAAUGGGUUUUCCUGCAGAGCGACUUGAAGGAGUGUACAGAAACAAUAUUGAUGAUGUUGUAAGGUUUUUGGAUUCAAAACAUAAAAACCAUUACAAGAUAUACAAUCUAUGUGCUGAAAGACAUUAUGACACAGCCAAAUUUAACUGCAGAGUUGCACAGUAUCCUUUUGAAGACCAUAACCCACCACAGCUGGAGCUGAUCAAACCUUUUUGUGAAGAUCUUGAUCGAUGGCUCAGUGAAGAUGGCAAUCAUGUUGCAGCAAUCCAUUGUAAAGCUGGAAAGGGACGAACUGGUGUAAUGAUUUGUGCAUAUUUGUUACAUCGAGGAAGAUUUCAAAAGGCACAAGAAGCUCUAGAUUUCUAUGGGGAAGUGAGGACCAGAGAUAAAAAGGGAGUAACUAUUCCCAGUCAGAGGCGCUAUGUAUAUUACUAUAGCUACCUGUUAAAGAAUCAACUGGAUUACAGACCGGUGGCACUGCUUUUUCACAAAAUGAUGUUUGAAACAAUUCCAAUGUUCAGUGGCGGCACUUGCAAUCCUCAUUUUGUGGUCUACCAGCUCAAGGUAAAGAUAUUCACCUCCUCUUCAGGACCCACAAGACGUGAAGACAAGUACAUGUACUUUGAAUUCCCUCAGCCAUUGCCCGUGUGUGGAGAUAUCAAGGUGGAAUUCUUCCAUAAACAAAACAAGAUGUUGAAAAAGGACAAAAUGUUUCAUUUCUGGGUAAAUACAUUCUUCAUACCAGGACUGGAAGAAAAUUCUGAGAAAAUAGAGAAUGGCAGUCUUCUUGGAGAUCAGGAACUUGAUGGAAUUCUCAGUACAGAGCGUUCAGAUAAUGACAAGGAAUAUCUAAUACUUACACUAACAAAAAAUGAUUUGGACAAAGCAAAUAAAGACAAGGCAAAUCGUUACUUUUCUCCAAACUUCAAGGUGAAGCUAUUUUUCACAAAAACAGUAGAAGAGCCAUCAAACCCAGAGGCUAGCAGCUCGACUUCAGUAACACCGGAUGUUAGUGAUAAUGAACCUGAUCAUUAUAGGUAUUCUGACACCACUGACUCUGAUCCAGAGAAUGAACCUUUUGAUGAAGAUCAACAUACACAGAUUACAAAAGUCUGAAUAUUUUUUUUAUUUGGGAAAAUACACCACAAAGAGUAAAACUUGAAUAAACUGAAUUAUGGACCUUUUGGAAUGGCAGUAGGACACUGUGUCACAGUUAUCAGUUGUAGGAACAGUUCUUUUCCUGACCAAUCUCAUUUUGCUCUUUGAAGCCAUUAGGCUUGACACUUGUCCCGUUGAAAAAGGUUACGUAGCUAUGUUAUGUAUAUACCUUUUUGUGUCAAGAGGACAUUCAGAUUUCAAUUAGGAAAACACAAAGAUGGCACUUUCCCAUUUGAUUCCGGUUUUCUAAAAGUGGAGACAGAUCUAAUGUGUAUACGUAGGAAUCUUCCUUUUGUGUUCUGUCACCAACAGAAGUUCCUGUAAAGCUCUUUCUAAUACACAGGUUCACAUCCUGCCCCUUUCUUUGCACUUUUGUGGCAGAUAAGUCUAUGGUUGGUUCAGAGAAUUAAUGGGUUUUACUGCAUUCAAGUACAUGUACUAUGAAUAGGAGAGUGGGAAGAGAAGCUCAGAAAGGAAUGUCUUGUGUUGGACCCAGGACUGUGUUCCAUUUCCAUCUUACUUACAUGCACCUCUUUAGCAUGCUACAGUAAUAAAUCCUGGACAUUUGAGGAAUUGCCACUGUCACUGCUUGUUUGUGCAUUUUAUUUUUUAAAAGCAUAAUGGUGCUAGAAAAGGCAGCUAGAGGGAGUGGUUCCGUAUUAGGGGUACAGGAAUGAACCUUCCACAACAUCACUGAAGAUCUACAAAUGAAGGGAUAUUAAAAAAGUGGUUACAUGUGAAAUUCAUUAACGAUGACUUAACCAUACAAAUGUGGAGGCUAUCUUUCAGAAAUGGGCUUACACAGUUGUUUGUGUGUUAUGAUUGCCAUUCCCCAAGAUGUGGAUUAUAAAUGUCAGAAUAAUAUUUUUUCUAAAAAAGAAAAGAAAAGAAAAAAACCUUGUCUUUCAAACACUUGGAAUUGCUAUUUUUAAUUUUCAUGGUGUAAAACCCCAUUUGUUUAUUGGCGUUGAAUUGUUCAUUAUUGGUUAUCCCACUUGAGUAAAUGAAUUUGGAAUCCAUUGUGCCCAGUCUACUUGCAUUAAUAACAAGGGUAUAAAUAGUAACUAGUCAAGGCAGACCUCAGGCUGAAUACUGAACUAGGGGGCAGCAUGCUCCAUCAACAUACAUCAGUGAGUUUUUCUCCCUUUUCUAAUCCCGUGUGUAGUUGCGUGCCUAUAACUUCAUAUUGUUUUUAGUGGGACUUGCAUGUAGCUGCACAGGAACAUAGCUUUCAACCAUUAUGUAAACUUUUUGUCAAAGCUAAUGUUCAAACUUUCCGCAUUUGAUCCAGUUCUAUGAUUUCCAUACAUGAUUCACAAGAGGUGACUAUUAAAUUGCCUUUGGCUGUUCCCCUGUGAUUUAACAUUGAACCAGGUUUCUGUUUGACAUUUUCAAAACCACAUUAGCCAUUUUUAAAAGUUUGUGCUUUAAAAUAUUUGGAUGUUGACAGUGUUCAGUGUCUUGUACAGUUCUACUGUUAAACAUGUGAGGACCAGAUUGGAAAUAGUUGAGUGGCCUUUUGCACUGUUGUUCUUCCUUUGGAAUGUGAAGGUCUGAAUGAGGGUUUGGAUUUUGAAUGUGCCAGUGGUUCUGAGAAGCCUAGCUUACGUUUUUAUGGUAUAGUCAUUGGAAAAGGAAAACGGCAUUAUAUAUAUAUAUUAUAUAUAUAAUAUAUAUUAUGCAUUACUCUCCUAUACUUUAUUUCUGCUACCAUCCCCAUAGAACACGGCAAGAAUUACUAUGACUGAAAGGUUUAAGUCCUAAUUAAAACUUUAUUUAUGACAGUAUUCAUCAUUAGCUUGAAAAUGCAUUCUUCUUAGGUAAUUUUUUGAGUUUCUGGACUGUGUGCUUAAGUUCUUGGAUGUGCAGCAGCUUACAUGUCUAAAAUUACUUGAAGGCAUCACUUUGACAGGAGCUUACUCUUAGGCCCUGUGCCAUCCCUAGUCAUCUGUAGUCCCAGUUAAAAUAGCCCAUCACAGUAGUUAAAGGGCAGUUGUAUAAAAUAACAUCAAGGUUCUAUGCUGUGGCACAAGUUGUAAACUGAAGGGAUGUUUACAUGCAGCAUCGAUUGUUUUCAGCUUUAAGGGAAGAAAGAAUAAAAGUUUAGGGUUCCAGUGUGUGCAGUUCCAUGUUUAAAUUCUAGCAAACGUGCAAUAUGUUAACGAUGCCUGUGGUUGCCACAAAGUGCCUCGUUUACCUUUUUAAAAUACUGUUAAAAAUGUGUCGUGCAUGCAGAUGGAAGGGGGUGGAACUGUGCACUAAAAGGAGGCUUUAACUGCAGUGUUUGGUAGAGCUGCCUCUUUACUCCGCCAGUUCAAAAUUCUCAGUCUGUUUUCAUAUAGAAUAUAUAUAUAUACUAAAAAAAAUCUGUCUGUUAAGCAGCCUUAUUCUGAUUCAGCCUCUUCAGAUACUAUUGUGCUGUGCAACAGUGGCUCUGUGUGUAAUGCUAUGCACUGAGGAUACACAAAACAAGAAAAUGACAUGUACAGGAUAAUGUCUCAUUCAAAUCAGAUGUCCGUUUGUUAUUGUGUUUAACAGCCCUUUAUCUUAGUGUUAAAACUCCACUUAAAACUGAUUAAAGUUUCAUUCUUGUCACUG